GAGAGGGAGGCGGAAUGCACAGGCUGAGCUCUGUCGUCGCAAACACAACUACUACGUUCCUUCUCAGAUCAAGACUCACUAACCACCACACUGUGCCGUGUUCACAUCCCACUUCUGACUUGAGUAAUCAUCCAUUUCAUCUCUUGGUCAUUUACUCUGUCAGUGGACAUCCGCAGAGUGCCGGCUACUAAGUGAACUCUGUCUCUCAGAUCCCAGAGUCUGUACCUGGUCAGGUCUUGGUCACGUGGCUCCUGGUCUACUUUCCUGUUUAAGCAGCAUCCUUCCUACCUCUCUGCAGCCUGACACCAGAGCAGCCAGCAGCUGAGAGGGAGGGGCUGAAUGGCAGCAGCCCACUUCAAACUCAACGCAGGCCCCUGACGAAGACGACGCAGGGAGACAAAACAACAAAACAUUUAGAGAAAUCACUUGAACCACCAGCAACACUUUACACAAUGGCAACCAACAGGGAGCACCAAGUGCGUCACAUAACCGGCUUCCCCCGGGCUAUGUACCCGUUCACCUUUAACUCCAUGCGUAGCCACUCCCCCUUUGACCUGCUGGCCAGUAGCCACCUUUUCGGCCGUUUUGGGACAGACCUUCCCAAAGAGAUGGCUGCAUUGUCUUGGCUGCAGAACAAGCGGCUGAAGCUGUGUUUGCUGGGAUUUGAGAGGAGCAUGUUCGACUGUAUGGAGGCUCUGGGGCUUGGCCCGCGGGCCCGCUUUGAUGUGUCCGCGCAAGGAUCAUGCAUGCUCGGCAAGGCAACCCCUUACUUCUCCGGCCUAGACCCCUUCGCCUGGGCUGGAACUGGCAGCAUUCAGUCGGUGGAGACCCAGAGCACCAGCUCAGAGGAGAUGGUCCCCAGCUCUCCUUCUCCUCCUCCUCCACCCCGGAUCUACAAGCCGUGCUUUGUGUGCCAGGACAAGUCAUCUGGUUAUCACUAUGGAGUGAGCUCCUGUGAGGGCUGCAAGGGUUUCUUUCGGCGCAGUAUCCAAAAGAACAUGGUUUAUACAUGCCACAGAGACAAGAACUGCCAGAUCAACAAAGUGACUCGCAACCGCUGCCAAUACUGUCGGCUGCAGAAGUGCUUUGAAGUUGGCAUGUCCAAAGAAGCGGUGCGUAACGACAGGAACAAAAAGAAGAAGGAUGUAAAGGAGGAGGUGGUUCUGCCAGAGAACUAUGAGUUGAGUGGAGAACUAGAGGAGCUGGUUAACAAAGUCAGCAAAGCUCACCAAGAGACCUUUCCAUCUCUGUGCCAGUUAGGAAAAUACACCACAAAUUCAAGUGCUGACCACAGAGUACAGCUGGACUUGGGCCUGUGGGAUAAGUUCAGUGAGCUGUCCACUAAGUGCAUUAUAAAGAUUGUGGAGUUUGCCAAGCGGCUACCAGGCUUCACUACGCUCACCAUCGCUGACCAGAUCACCCUCCUCAAAUCUGCAUGCCUGGACAUCCUGAUGCUGAGGAUAUGCACUCGCUACACCCCAGAACAGGACACGAUGACCUUCUCAGAUGGCCUGACGCUCAACAGGACCCAGAUGCAUAACGCUGGCUUUGGCCCACUGACAGAACUGGUGUUUGCCUUUGCUGGCCAGCUGCUGCCUUUAGAGAUGGAUGACACAGAAACGGGCCUACUCAGUGCCAUCUGCCUCAUCUGCGGAGACCGUAUGGAUCUGGAGGAGCCACAGAAAGUAGACAAGCUUCAGGAGCCGCUGCUAGAGGCUCUGAAGAUCUAUACCCGCCGCAGACGCCCAAACAAGCCUCACAUGUUUCCCCGCAUGCUGAUGAAAGUCACAGACCUCCGAGGAAUCAGCACCAAAGGUGCAGAAAGAGCCAUCACACUGAAGACGGAGAUCCCAGGCCCCAUGCCUCCACUGAUCAGGGAGAUGCUGGAGAACCCAGAGGCCUUCGAGGACAGCAGUGACUCAGGGGACAGCGCCGCAGCCGCUCCCCCUGCUAUUCAAGCCAUCAAACAAGAGGAGAAGGCCACAGAUGAGUCAGCCGUUGAGGAGGAAGAGGAGGAAGAAGAGGACGACUACUGGGAUGAGGAGAAAGAGCGAGGGGCUGACAGUGAUGGGGAGCUGUCGGGGGAGGCAGCAGCGGGUGUGCAAAAGAAAGGUGUAACUGGUACAACGCAGUGAGAGAGACAAGAUGAUGCUGCUUCCUCCUUCAGAUCACUGAGUCCUCCAAGAAACCUCAUAGAAUUAGGCUCUUAUACAACUACGGUGUUGCAUACAGCACAUACAAAUACUGUAAAUGUUGACUGAAAGGAAAAUAUGUUAUAUUCAGUAUAGGAAGCAAGGAAUGGGAGAAGCAAAAGCACUAAAUGUAAGUGGGUUGAGCAGAGCACCAUGAAAAAUCACUGUGCCAAAACGAGACUCUAAAAGAUAUUUCAAAAGUGUUUUGUUCUACCCAAAGAGGAAUGAGAUGUGGUGGACCGAAGAAAAUGCACUCCUCAGCUAUCUAUAAGGGCUAUGCUUUAUAUACAAUUGAUGGUAAAAAUACAUUGCAACAACAGAACUCUAUGUGGUGUCCAUUUGCCGCAAAUGUCUUGAGAAUUAUUAUUACAGAGAUUUGCAACUUAUUUUUUUAUUGUAUGGUUUUUCUAAGCAUGUAAACAUUUCUGUUCUGUCUUUUUGCCUGUUUGUGGGAAUCUUUUCUUUUUUUUUUUUUUACUUAGUCCUGCUCACAUUUGACUGGACAUAUAGUGAGGUUUUUUUUUUUUUCAAGCUUGUCUUUAAUGUUAGGCAUUUCUGCGUUGUUGGACACAGUGAAAAGCAAAGAUGACGAAGAGAGCAAUAGCAAAGAGAGAGCAGGUCAUGAGCAGGACUCAAACUCACAAUACGACAAGCAUGUGGUAUGAAGCCCUUAUGGGUAUACACAGAAUAAGAAGAAUACUGUAAUUUCAUCUCUGGUGCUUGUGAUGCAAAUAAGAAACUAAUCAAUAAUGCAAAACAAAUGCAGCAGCAUAUCUCCACCAAAACAUAUUUUGUUGUAAUACUUCGACUAAUGAAUCUGCAGGGUAGAUUAAAUGUCAUCACACAAUCUCAGGUUGAUUCCAUCAGGGUCACAUCUCAUCUGACAGUAUUUUUUCCGAAAUGCUCUGACACAGCGCCAACAUCUUCAACAAGAAGUAGGAUUAUUAAAAAAAUGAAGUUGUUGGCCAUGAUGCACAUGCCCUUUUUGAAGUCAGAAUAUUUUCAUUUUGUAAAAGUGAGCUAUGAAUCAUCCAAAUUUACUUCACAGAAAACCUCAGGUUUGUGUGCGUUUGCGUGUGUGUGUGUGUGUUUGCGUGCCUGCGUGUGUAUAUGAGCAUUUAUUAACACACAUAGUGAUGUAGAGAUGUCUGCUAUUACUGCCAUAAUCCACACUAAGCAUUUACGCACAAGUCCAAUAAUUAGUAUGCUAAAACUGCACAUAAAAUGGGUUUUACAGCUAAAAACGUUUCAAAGUUCACUCCCCCAAAGGCGUCUGUUGGACAGUUGGAUAUUGAUGCCAAUGCAAACUGACAUGAUCAAUUAAAUGAGGUCGCAACCGUCAACAUAAUUACCAACAAAACAAAAGCUUUACAUUGGGUGACCUGUCUGCCGAAGCACAGGGCGAUAAUUUCAAAUAAUAUGUGUUCAUGUGUGAUGCGUCUAAAGAGUGAUGCAAUACAUGGAUUUUGUAAAAUAAAUACUUGUGAUUUCUUUUUUU